GUUUGCAUCCAGGAAUUUGACAGUUCAGCAGGCGUGCUCCUGUACAACAAAAUCUGAUACAUCGCCAUCACCCUCCACCAAGCGUUUCCACCACCAACACCCAAAAAGAAGAAAGUGAGAGUGCCAACAAAAACCUUCAACAAAAUGUCAGACACAAAUCUGCUGCAGCUGUCAGCGGCCUGGAGGCAGCUGCCCCGCCUGAUGGUACCGUUCGACCGGCAGCUUUCCAAUGCUCUCCGCACGUGGGCACCGUCCUGGCAGACGCAACAGCUCGCGAGUGAAACCACCCGCAAGCUGUUCGUGGAGCUGGUCACCUUCGGGGGUGUGAACCAGUGUCGCCGGUUUGACGCACUCGCCCGGCCCGUGAUAAACGACCACGGUGAAGGUGUCGUGCCGGCGAGAUUGUCCACGAUUGUGGUGCAGUUUCUGGUCGCCCGGUACGACGGUGGUCCGGAGCCGGCUGCACUCAGCUGCUGCCAGGUGCGUGAGUUUGGAUGUCUGCUGAGCACCGAGCUUCCGCUGCUGAAGAUUGUUGACCUUGAGAGCGAAACUUACUGGCGACGGGUGGUUUGGUGUUACGCCGAUGAACCACUUUCUUACUACGAGCACGAUUAUCUUACACCGCGCCGGUUCUGGAAGCAGCACGGAAUCGAGCUCAAGCUGGCCCGCAUGAUUGAACAGCAGGAUCCGGUGUACUGGGAGCUGGAGGGUUUGGAGGACACAAUCAAACGGGCAGCACCGUUCGUGAACAAUCUGGUCGUGCAGCAGUUGCGCCCGUAUGCGAUGGUAGAACCGCUGGAAGACUACGAAGCUUACACGAUUCGCAAUGCUCCGGCCGAUCUCUGUCACCAUGGGUCACUGGCGGUGCUGGGGCAUCUCGUAAAUUUGACCUCCCUGUCGUUGAUGUUUGGUGUGAAGCAUUGGACUAAGGCGUAUCAAACCCGUUACUCUCACUGUUCCCAAACGGACAUCGAGCAGCUUGGAAUGGGACUUCAAAAGUUGGUAAAGUUGAAAAAAUUUAACCUCUCCCACACACGGCUCAACGCAUCGAAACUGAAACCUCUGCUGGAAUCACUAACGCCCCUCGGCCUGGAAACGAUACGCCUCACACACUGCCAUCUAGGCGAAGGUUGCGGCGGCCCUUUAGGACGCUUCCUGAGCCGCUUCGGCCCAACGCUUAAGCAGCUUGACCUCUCCAACAAUCGGCUCGAUGCGCCCGAGCUCGAUCAGCUUUGCCCCGGGCUGAGCAUCUACCAGGGCACUCUGGACAAACUGAACCUUUCCUACAACCCGAUCGGUGAGGCGGGCGUGCUAAUUCUUGGCGGUGCCAUUAAGGGUCGAGCGCAACUGAGCGAGCUUCACUUUACCGGCUGCCCAAUGGGCGUGGAGGGAUCGUUUAGGGUUAUACAACUGCUCAGCUUCCACGAGACGCUGCGGAAGGUUUCGCUCAACUGCGUACCGAUUAGUCCCGAGGGUGGCGACAAGUUGGUGCAAGUUUUGCUCGAAAACAACCGCAUUGAGGAGGUGCAGGUGCGUGACUGCGGAUUGACGGAGCGCGUACGGGCCAGGAUUGGGAAGAUUCUACGGAAAAAUGCAAACGCAAGACAUCGAUCGCGACGAUCGGACGGGAAAGUGGCAACUCCGCCAAUGGUGCGAUCUCCUGCGAGCAUGUUUCAGCUCGAGCGACAAGUCUUUCCGGUGCAAUCAUAACUCCUCUGCACGGAAAACAAACAAUUCCCUUAUACUCACCAACGACAAAUAAGAGCAUCAUUUGAAUAA